AUGUGGACAGAUGCCCAGAAAGACCUCGACAUCCAGCUCCGGAGAGAAAGAGAAGAGUUCCUCCAGCCAGAGAAGGACCGCGUGAAAGUAUUCAAGAUGUUAGCCACUUCCUACAUCAAAUACAUGCAAAUCUUCCGUAACUUGGAGACGGCCCACGACCAACUCGUUCACCGGCAGAAACGGGCAGUCAUUCGGCAAGUACUAGAUGGUGUGAUCGGCCGGAUCCUGGAGAUGAAAAAAGAAAUGGUGGAGCUGGAGAACUCAGAGUUUCAUUACAUUGAUAAUAUCCUGGAAGAUCUAAAGCUUCUCCCGGAAGACAUAGAAGUACCUAUCCCAAGGUAUUUCAUUAAAGAGAAGCUGGAAGUCCUGCAGCAGAGGGAGAAAAUCCUCGAUCAGGUUUUGCUUAAUACUGGAUUGCAAAUACAGCAACCUCUCAAGGCCAUGACAUUUGAAGAAGCCAUUAAAGUGAUCCAGGUUGCCGAACGAGCUCGCCAAGGCCGUUGUCGAGCAGCAUUCAUGAAGCAAAUUUACCUUGAAGAGAAGAGAGAAAGGCAAACUAAGCUUCAGGUCCAGAUGGGUCCAAAUCCAGAUGAUGCUGCUACUCGCAUUCAAAAGGUUUGGCGUGGAUAUAUCCAGCGCAAGAAAACAGUAAAAAUGAGAGAAGAAGAAAUGAUAUUUCUGGGGAUGAGCCUGCCUCCUCACUUAAAGGCAACAAGUGUUUCGCAGAUGUAUGCUGGGCAAGUAAAUGCCCUGCAAGGUGAGGUCCAGGAGAGACACGAGGAGGACAUCAAGGACAAGCUGAGAGAAAUGGAAGGGCUCAACAUCAAGGAGACUCUCCAGGAUCAGAUUGGCCAGUGUUUCAUCGAGUGCCGGCAUAUCAUAGGCAAGUUUCCUGACUAUCCUACUGAAGCAGCAGGAGGUUCAAUGGCUAUUCUUUCUGAAAAAACUCCGGAGCAGGUCGCUGCAGAACUGGCUGCCAAGGAGGAGAUGGCUUUGCAGAAAAAAGCCCAAAAGGAGAAAAAAGAAAAAGAAGGAGGGAAGGAAAAAACAAAAGGGAAAAAACCACAGAAAACUGGAAAGAAAGUAAGUCUUCCUACAGAAAGCAUGAAAGAAGAGGAUGAAGGCUGGAAAAUGGGUCCCAGUAAUUUCCUUUCAAUAAUGGAAGAAGGAAGCAGUCAAUACAAAGCCGUUUGGCAGAACAGAGACGAGGGAUGGGAUUUUCUCCAGGAUCAUGACCCAGAGCUGAUCAAAGAAGAGAAACGGGGAGAAGUAGAAGAAGAGAUCAGAGUGCAGGUCGAUGAAUUGAUGCAACAGAAACUGCGGAAUCUCAGACUGGCUGUGGAUGGAGAGAAGAGCGACAAACAGAAAAAAGGAAGAAAAAGUGAAAAGAAAAAGAAGACAACCACAAGGAAAAAGAUACCCAAGAUGGAGGAAGACCUGACUCCUGACAGGACCAUCGAUUCUCUGUACCAAGAGCUAGUGGAAGAAGGAUUACUAAUAAAAGCCAAGACCGUGAAUCUCUCCGAUUAUGUUGGCGAGUACAGCUAUCUGGGGACCACACUUCGUCAGGUAGAUAUAGAGCCAGUGCCCUCUCUCGCAGAUGUCAGACAGCUAAUAGCGCUGUACGGAAUAUUGCCAUUAGGUUCCCAAACAGUCCAUGAGAAGGCUCCCGUGGCGAAAGCCUUGUUACUAGCCGGACCCGCUGGUGUUGGAAAGAAAAUGCUGGUCCAUGCCAUCUGCACAGAAACAGGAGCCAACCUCUUCAACUUAUCUGCUUCCAACAUCGCUGGGAAAUACCCGGGCAAGAACGGCCUGCAAAUGAUGCUUCACAUGGUUCUCAAGGUGGCUAAGCAAUUGCAACCUUCAGUCGUGUGGAUUGGAGACACAGAAAAAAUAUUUUCUAAAGCGGUGCUGAAGGCUGAAGAAGAGAUGAACCCAAAACGGCUGGAAAAGAUGCUCCCCAAAUUCCUUAAGGCUUUGAAAGCACAGGACAGAGUGCUGCUAGUGGGAACCACCAGCCGUCCCUUCGAUGCUAAUCUUAAAUCUUUCUGCAAAGUCUACCAAAAAAUCAUUCUGAUUCCUAGGCCUGACUACGCUUCAAGAUUUGGCAAGUAUUUCAAGUCACCCUGA